AAAACUGUUUUUUAAGACAUUUUAAGAUAAGCUUUUAAGAUCCAUUAAAAGUUAACCUCCCUCUGAGGAUCAGCUGUGGGGAUAUGGCAACCCAAAUCUGGACGAAAAAGAAGACAAACUUGUUUUGACUGUUUGCACUUUUAUUUUAUUUUCUGGUCUCUCUGCCUCCCUCCCUCUUUCACACACGAGGAAGUUGCCAGGAAUAGGACGAAAGCAGGUAGAUCUUCUUCGGUCCAAAUCCCUUCCUUCUUUCUUUUCAAACAGCAAGUUUAACUUUUUAAACGCGGGAGGACCGAUGUUUUAAACAGCUCUGCGACUUUCAAACUUUUUUUUUUAAACCCUGCUGAGAAAAUAUCGUUUGGCGGAAGUGAAAGUACAAGCUAACGACAUGGCAGACAACAGUGACGAAGAUAUCACAGACAGACAGUCUCUUCUAGAGAAAGACUUGACGUGUCCUGUGUGCAAAGACAUUUUUAGGGACCCCGUGUUGCUCUCGUGUAGCCACAGUUUCUGUCAAGAAUGUCUGGAGGGCAGCUGGAAGAACCAGCCGAAACGGCAGUGCCCGUUGUGCAGAAAGUGCUGCGACGGGGAGACACCGAUCCCUAACCGCGCAUUAAAUGACACCUGCGUCUCCUAUAAAAAGGAGAGGAACCUGAGAGGACACGGUACUGGUGACGAUGAGGUCAUCUGUGGUUUGCAUCAGCGUAUCUUCCAACUCUUCUGCAUUAAAGACGAGGAGCCCGUGUGCGUCGAGUGCGUGACUCUUCAUCCGGGGCACGACCUGGCGACCAUAGAGCAAGGAGUGCCUUUCUGCAAGGAUGAGCUUAACAUGAAAAUCAAAAUACUGGAAAGUAAGCAGGAUUCCUUCAAAAGGAUGAAAAAAAGAUAUAAAGAUACAGUUUCCUUUAUUGAGAGCCAGACUAAGGAUGCUGAGAAUCAAAUCAAAGAGGAGUUUGAAAGACUCCAUCAGGUCCUAUGUGAUGAGGAGACAUCUAGAAUAAAGGCUUUGCAUAGAGAAGAAAAUGAGAAGAAGGAAAUAUUGAAUGAGAAGAUUGAAAACAUCAGUCGCGAUAUCACUGCUCUUGCUAAAUUGAUUCAGUCAGUGAAGAGGGAAAUGGGAGACGAAGAUUUGACUUUUCUUCAGAAUUUCCAGAGCCUAAAAAGACGAACCCAGUGGACUGGUGAGGAACCAAAGAGGGUUCAAGGAGCUCUCAUCAACAUGGCCUUGCAUGUAGGCGCUUUAGGUUACAAAGUCUGGGAAAGCAUGCUGUCUCAUGUCACAUGUUUGCCUGUAAUCCUGGAUCCCAACACAGUCUCGCCCUGGCUCUCCAUAUCUCCUGAUUUUUCCAGUGUGCAACAGAGUCCGGAAAGACAAACUUUCCCAGACAACCCUGAGAGGUUUGAUCCCUGUGUUUUUGUCCUUGGCUCAGAGGGUUUCUCCUCGGGACGCCACCGUUGGGAGGUCCGUGUGGCUGACCACCCCAAAUGGAUCUUGGGAGUAUGCAAGGAGUCAGUGGUUCGGAAGAGGAAGUUCACAGUAACAACAACAGCCGGAGUGUGGACCAUCGGUCUGAGUAAAGGAGUCUACAGUGCACUGACCACUCCACGCACUGAGCUGACUCUAGAGAGAAGACCUGAAACCGUCAGGGUAAAGGUCAAUAUGGAGAAGGGAGAGGUGUCCUUCUGGGAUACAAGUAACAACAAGCACCUAUGUACAUAUAAUGAUAAGUUCACUGGGAAGCUGUUCCCCAUCUUUGGCCCAGGGCUCCAGAGUACACCCAUCACUAUCUUGCCUGCUAAAGUGACCAUACACAAACAAUAAUUAAAUUUGAUUUGUUUCUUUAACAUCUUAGCCUGGUGAGACUGAAGAGUCUAAAACCCUUCACUGAAGUUGCUCCUUAGUUUGAACAGAAUUCAAGGAAUAUUUCAGAUUCAGUAGAAGUUAAUCUCAGUCAACAGCAUUUCAAACAGCACAACAACAUUGACACUAAUGCCAUAAACCCUAAAGCCCUUAAACAAGUGUAAUUCAAACAGUGUUACAGAUCAAGUAAAAGUUCUAAAAGAAGAAUUACAUGUAAGUGCUUUUAUCAGAUGAUGAGCUUCUUAUUUCUGCUUUUAUAUCCUCCAAAAACUGAACCCGUUCACUUCUAUUUCAAGUGCAGCACCAUAAAGGUUAUCCUUAAUUUAUUAUUUUUCUUAUUAAGAAAACAAGGGACAAAUUGAAAAGAUUUUUUCUGGUAAUUAACGUCAGGCCACAAAUGCUGUUGUUUGUGAAUAACUUGUCCUGGACUUGGAAAAUUCCUUUAAAUGAAAAUAGGAAAGAAAGAAAUGGAAAUUCAAAGGAGGUAAACAGUAUAUGUUGAUAUAUUAUACUAAAACAUUAUUGAUCGUUCAGUAGAGAAUGUCUUUCAUAUCAAUCAACUUAAAGUGCUGCAAUUAAGCCUUUUCGAAUAUUACCUUCACAUUAUACAUUGCAUUGUAUUAUGCAGUGUAUCAUGUAGCUGUAUGUGAACAUAAAUUAUCUGCAAAGUUUUGAAGCUGACAGUGCACGAUAAAUAAUGUUAUUGUCAAAAAAAAUAAGUCUGCUUGCAAUCGCAUAAAAUGGGAUGGGGAAAAAAUGCCAUAAAGUUUUAAAACAUGUUUUUUUAAAAGUUACAUUAAUUUGAUAUGGCUUUCUAAACAUGCCGCUCUCUUGUGCGAGAAGCGAGUGCAAUGAUCAUGACUUUUAGAAAAUGUGAAAAAAUAUGUGGUAUGUGAACGGCUUGGUUUAAGUUUUAACAUAAACAACAUCUCCACACUAACAAAAGCAUUAAAAUGCAAUGACACUAAGUGGUGUAUUUCGUGCGCCACUGAUAAACCUUCCAGACGGCUGACGCAGGACUACAUUUCGAAUGCAACGUUUUUGCAUUGGAAUGUGGAUUAUUUUUUUAGACAAUCCUACAGCUUUUGAUUUUAGUGAGUGACAAUUACAGAACCAACAUUUAAUGAAAUAAUAACAAUAAAAAAUUUUCUUACUUAUCA